GUCUCCAGCACUGCGCUCCGGUGACCAGCAGCAGACAUGGGAUGCGAGCGGUCAGCCUUCACUCACUCACCGCUGCACAGUUAGCUCAUCCAGGCUAAUUUCAACACUGUACAACCUUAUUACAGAUUUAAAAAAUGGCUAAACAAUACGACGUGCUCUUCCGCCUGCUGCUGCUGGGAGAUUCUGGCGUGGGGAAAACGUGUUUGUUAUGCAGGUUUACGGACAAUGAAUUUCACCCGUCUCAUAUUUCCACUAUCGGAGUGGACUUUAAAAUGAAGACCCUGGUCAUAGAUGGCAUCAAAGUACGGAUACAGAUCUGGGACACGGCCGGUCAGGAGAGAUACCAGACCAUCACCAAACAGUACUACAGACGUGCCCAGGGGAUUUUCUUGGUCUAUGACAUCACCAGUGAGAGAUCGUUUCAGCACAUCAUGAAGUGGGCCAGUGACGUGGACGAGUACGCGCCGGAGAAAGUGCAGAAGAUUCUGGUGGGAAACAAAGCAGAUGAGGAAAACAAGAGGCAAGUGGCCACAGAGCAAGGGAGCAAGUUGGCCAAGGCGUACGGUAUGGACUUCUUUGAAACAAGUGCCUUUACAAAUCAGAAUAUAACAGAGACAUUCACUCGAUUGGCAGAGCAGGUGUUGGCUGUCCACAAAAAGGACUUGGAUCUCCUGCAGAUGUCACUGCACGACCAGCUGGACCUGUCUGCUCUGGAGGAGGAGGAGGGGCUCUGUGAUCACAUGACCGGGGACCAGACCAAGGCCUGCUGGUGCUAGGACUAAACCAGGACUAAACUAGGACCAAACCAAGGACCAUUCGAAAGCACCAUUCACAAAGACUCAAAUGUCGGGUCCUCAAGCCGUAGUGAAGAUGCUUCCAGUGCAAAUAGUGAAGACGCUGCCACUGCAAGCCAUUUGGAGGGAGAACUUGGAUACUUUGUUAUAUAGUGUUAAAAGUGCACUAUGUUUUCUGGUGGAGGGUCUGUCACCUGCUCCAUGGAGAUGUUAUAGCUCUGCCUAGAAUGUCCCACAGUAUGGCAUAAAACUUAUCAAUGUUCACUGAGACACGGAGAUGACACCACCAGGCCAUUCUAUGUUUUCUAUGUUGAAAACAUCUGUAGCU